ACGGCAUCACUCGUUGGAAGUUCAUUCAAUACAAGAAUAUUUACACUCAACGCUACGUAAUUACAGAGGUUUACAAUGAUCACCUGGUACCCUCAGUGGACCCAGAAGUGAGACAAUGUAGAUUUUCAUGGGAAACUGAUGGACUGAAACAUUAUAAACGAUACUCACAAAGUAUAUGUAUUUUGGAGUGUAGGAGGCAAAAGGAACUAGAAAUUUGUGGUUGCAAUACUCCCUUGAUGCCAUUUGCAGAGGAGAAGGAUGUCUGUGACAUAGAGGGAUUGCUAUGUCACCACAAGACAGAAAAGUUAUAUAGGCUGAAGCCAAAAUCCAGCAAUGAUACAAAUGCUAUCUAUUGUCAAUGCCCCAGUGGAUGUGAAGAGAUUGAAAUAGAUGAGACAUACAAAAGUGUAGAAGAAAGGAAAGACUUGGAAGACAUUGCCAUAUUAGACAUUUCUUUGGAAAGAUCUUCAUCACUUCAUUACCAGAGAGUUGUAGUUCGUGGGAGUUUGGAUAUGGUUGUGAACAUUGGUGGAACUCUGGGAUUAUUCAUAGGUGCCAGCCUGCUAAGUCUCAUUGAGAUAAUUCACUAUUUUGUGCUUCCUCUUAUUUUUGGUGUCAAAGAUACUCCAAAGACACCUGUUAAAACUACAGGUAUCACAAUGUUUAACCGGCGUGUGAAAGCUCAAUACCAAAGACAUCUUCACAGUGUUCCAUCUAUGUUUUAUUAAUUAAUCUAGAACUGUUAAUUCUAGUCACAAAAUUAAUGUAAAUCUAUGUCAUAAGUCAUUCUGUAAGUGUAGUGUUUCAUGUCACCAACAACAAUGAUCAUUACAGGAAUAAAUAGU